AUGAGUGAAAAAUCAGCCGGUUCAUCGACAAAUUUUUCCAGAAGAAGUCUGGAUACAGUUUUUGGCGGAAAAACACCAAGAUGGGUGGAGUUCUGGAGCGACGCCGCCAUAGAUCGCCGUCGGAGGAACUCAAAUUCAUCAUCCUCAUCUUCAUCAUCACCAGAAAGGUACUUCGAAAUGCCAAGAUCCAAGAUCCCAAAAUGGGUCGAUGAUUACAUGACUCAAAUCGGGUCGGUCCUGAAAGAAGGCGGGUGGGCUGAAUCAGACGUAUCAGAAAUCAUACACGUGUCAGCAUCCGGAUUCUUCGAAGGCGAGAUGGUGAUGUUGGACAAUCAAGCAAUACUUGAUGCUAUGUCACUGAAAGCGGAUAAGUAUUCCGAUUUGCUCCAGAAAUCCGGAUGGAGCUCCGAAGAGGUUUCGGAUGCAUUAGGAUUUGAUUUCAGACGAGAAAAGGAGAAACAACCUGUAAAAAAGUUGUCACCGGAGUUGGUCGAAAGAAUCGGGAAACUGGCUGAGUCUGUCUCCGGCUGUUCAUCAUCAACCUAA